AUGGCAGCUUUUUACUCCAGGCUACUCGCUCUCCUCUGCUUCACGUCCUGCUGCCUGCUGCUCUUUUUUUUCCAGAAUAACAGUCUGCAAAAACCACAUACUGAUGCCAUUCCUUUUAAAGCUAUUUUCACCUGCAAGACCUGCAAGAAAAAUAGCAUUAUUAGCCAACUGUUAAAAACGUACUCUCCCAGAUGGAGAAGGGAUGAGACCAAUUUUACAAAGUUCAGGUCAUUGCUAAACAACAAGUGUAAUGCCAGUUCCAGGGCUGUAGUCACACAAGAUAAUACACCUCUGGGGUCAAAACUGGUGUAUGAUGGAGAGCCAAAAAGGUCCCUGGAAGUAAAACAAGAUCUAUUUAGCCAAUUUGUCAAGGAGUCGCCCUUUGGAGAUGCAACACAGAGGUCAUGUUCUGUGGUGGGAAAUGGAGGCAUUCUUGCCAACAGCAGCUGUGGACAGAAAAUUGACUCUGCCAAUUUUGUGAUCAGGUGCAAUAUUCCACCAGUAGGGAGUAAACAUGAAAGACAUGUGGGAACAAAAACACACCUUGUUACAGCCAAUCCCAGCAUCUUCCAGGAAAGGUAUAAAAGCUUAGCGGAGCGACGGCGGCCGUUGGUGGAAAGCCUGCACGCCUAUGGAAACUCAUUGCUCUUGCUGCCUGCUUUCUCUUUUGGUUUUAAUACACCCUUGUGUCUGAGAGUCCAUUACACACUGGAGGACUUUAGUACAGCUGGUCCACAGGCCGUCUUUCUUAAUCCGGAUUAUGUAAGGUGUCUUUCAAGCUUUUGGAAGGAUCUGGGUCUCCGUGCACAUCGCCUUAGCUCGGGGCUCAUGAUGGUCAGUUUGGCUAUGGAGCUGUGCGAUACUGUUCACCUGUAUGGUUUCUGGCCAUUUGAACACCAUCCAGUUAAUCACCAGCAACUCACCAACCACUACUACGAUAACCAAAAAGUCUCAAGGGUGCACUCGAUGUCUACCGAGUUUGAGCUUUUAUUGAGAUUUCAUACCAAUGGUAUUGUCAAUCUGCAUCUAGGGGAGUGCCCAGUUUACUAA